AUGCCGCAGCCGAGUAUCAGUUCGUUUUUCAUGAAAACCAACAAAAAGGAAGUCCCCACAACUUCCAAUUCCAAGAAACGAAAGUCAUCUGCGAUGGAAGAAGAGGAAAAGAUGGAAGUCGAGCCUGUCAGAAAAGUGUCCCGAGAAGACCCAGAAGUCCUCCCAGAAAAGGUGGAAAAUCGAGCAAAACUUGAAGCGCUCUUUCCUGGCUUGAAAGUGAUGCAUGAUUCCUGGAUGAAAGCGCUUUUGCCAGUGAUGGAAGCGAAGUCAUUUUCGGAUCUAGCGACGUUCGUCAAUGGUCGAUACAAAGCUGGUACCGUCUAUCCGACGAAGGAGAACAUUUUCAAAUGGGCAGAGCGACCAUUGAAGAGCAUCAAAGUUGUGAUCCUCGGACAGGAUCCUUAUCACGGCCCGAACCAAGCGCACGGGCUUUCAUUUUCAGUCCUCCGGCCAACUCGUCCGCCACCAAGCCUUUUGAACAUGUAUAAAGAGCUCGAGCAAGACGACAACAUCCCUUUCACCCGGCCUAGUCAUGGCGAUCUCUCAAAGUGGGCCGAUCAAGGAGUACUUCUUCUCAAUGCGGUACUCACUGUUGACGCGGGAAAGGCCAAUUCGCACCAGAAAAAGGGUUGGGAGAAAUUGACAGAUGCAGCGAUCAAGGCAGUUUCUAUGCACUGUGACAGCGUUGUUUUUCUCCUCUGGGGAGCGAAGGCGCAGGAAAAGUCAAAAAUUAUAAAUGUGAACAAGCACGAGAUCUUGAAGCAAGUCCACCCCAGUCCUCUCUCUGCUCACCGAGGAUUCUUCGGCUGUCGUCACUUCUCCAAAGCCAACGAAUUUCUCGAGAAACGAAAGCUUGCUCCUAUCAAGUGGCAUGCCAUAUCCCACAAUUAG